GUCCAAUCCCAAUGUCAACUGGAGAGUUGAGUCCUGUAAUGGCGAAGGCGGCCAAUCAUCAGGAGUGUAUGUCCUGCAAGAAGCCAAUCACAGACAGGUUCUUCCUCAAGGCCAUGGACCACUUCUGGCAUGAGGAUUGCCUCAAAUGUUCCUGCUGUGAUUGCCGUUUAGGAGAGGUCGGAUCAACCCUCUUCAGCAAAGCAAACCUACUGCUGUGUAGAAGAGAUUACCUAAGGUUGUUCGGCACGACGGGAUACUGUGCAGCGUGUAAGAAGAUCAUUCCAGCAUUCGAGAUGGUCAUGCGGGCCAAGAGUAACGUCUAUCACUUAGAAUGUUUUGCCUGUCAACAAUGCAUGCACAGAUUCUGUGUGGGAGACAGGUUUUACCUGGCAGACAACAAGAUCUUGUGUGAGUUCGACUACGAGGAACGGAUGAUGUUUGCAAACCUAGGCAGCACCGUCAACCAAGGUGGCAACCCAAACGGACUUUCAAAUGGUAUUCCUAGUUUCAGUAACGCCGCCGUGGCCGCUGGAGUACCUGGGGGAGGAGGAGGAGGAGGAGGUGGUGGUGGUGGAGGUGGAGGUGCUGCCCAUAGCGGUAUGGGACAUUACGGUUACGCAGGUUAUAAUGCCUUGACCCAGAUAAAGAGACAGACCCAAAGUCUUAGCGAUGAUGUCUCCAGUGGGUAUGGAAGUCCUUCGCCAAACUCCUUAUGA